UCAAUUGAUAAUUCAAUUCGAUUUUCAGCAAGCUUCUUUGAAAAACUAUUGAGAGUGCGACAGUGAAAUUAUUAUUUGACUUUUGUUUGAAAUGCCGGAGACUAAAGGACUGUUGGAACGCCUGAAUGGGGGCGAGACCAUUAUCGUCGCAGAGGGGUACAUAUUUGCUUUCGAGCGGUUAUGUUACGUCCAGGCAGGGCCGUUCGUCCCUGAAGUCGUAGUAGAACAUCCCGAGCUCGUCAGACAGAUGUACAGAGAUUUCGUGCGCGCUGGCAGUGAUGUCGUGCAAGCUCUGACAUACUACGCGCACCGUUCCAAAAUGUCUCUAGUGUCCCGCGCGGACGACUUAGAGGAGGCCAAUCGUCUAGCGCUAAGGAUGGCGAGAGAGGUGGCUGAUGAGACAGGGACAUUGAUGUGUGGUGAUAUCUGCAACACCGGACAAUACACACCUGGGGACGAUGCUAAGACUGCCUUGAUCAAAGACAUGUUUAAGGAGCAAGUAGAAUGGGCGGCAGAGGAAGGAGCUGACUUCAUCGUGGCCGAGACAUUAGUAAACCUAGGAGAAGCUAUGCUUGCUCUCGAAGCUAUCAAAAUGUAUGGCAAAGGACUUCCAGCUGUAGUUACCCUCACAGUUCAAAUAGCACGAGAUGAGGAUGGAAAGCUAUGUACUAACGAUAAAGUGGAGGCGACGGAAGCCUUACGAAAACUGGAAGAAGCAGGAGCCGAUGUGGUCGGUUUCAACUGUUCUCGGGGUCCCGACACCAUUCUACCACUCUUGGAAGACGCCAAGAAAGCUGGAAUUAAGGUUCCAUUGGCAGUGUUACCUGUACCAUAUAGGACAAUACAGGAAGAACCCACCUUCAUGACUCUGACAGACACCAAGACGGGAAAACUUUGCUUCCCUGUUGACCUUGAUUGUCAUCUGUGCACUCGGAAUGAUAUCGUCAACUUCGGAAAGCGCUGCGCCGAACUAGGCAUUCCCUAUGUGGGUCUAUGUUGCGGUAAUUCGCCGCACUACACUCGAAGCUUGGCCGAGAGUCUUGGUCGGAAACCCGAAGCUACCCGAUAUUCCCCGAAUAUGUCUCUCCAUGUGAUUUAUGGGGCGGACGAAAAACUCAAUGCUUAUGAAAGGGAGAGUGCAGCUAAUAACAAUAACCGUUAAUUUGGUAAUCGUUAGAGCCCGUUAGAGGUUCUAGAAGUUUGAAUUCUUAGGGGAAAAAUGAAAAAUAAUUUUCAGCUAUUUCAUUCUUUAUACAUCAGUUUAUUAUUCUUUAAUAAGGAAUGAGUGCCUCAUUUUCCAAAGAAAGGGGAGGUCGUGUAGUAUUGUCCCAAAACCCAGUUAAUUAUGAAGUACCCUCAUAUUUAUACCCUGUCAAGAUGCCUAGUUUGAGAUGCACUUAAAAGCCAAGUUUAUAUCUUUAUAAUCCUUCCCCUUAGAAAGACCAAGUGCAAUCUUAAUCAACUCCACAGGAAAGACCACCUCUAUAAUGUUUAAGCCCCAUACAUAAAACUACCAAGUUGUCCAUUGUUUUGGUGGCCCUCAUUCAUGUCUUUGUCCCUUUGAUACAACGUAACCUACCCUCAUAUUACUUGUAUCCUUCUGUAUAAAUAUUACAUGUUCUAGCUUUCUGAAGAAAAAAAGAAAAGAGUUCAGUUUUGAUCACCAAUUGAUCAAGACCCUCUUUCUUGCUGGCUCUCUCUUCAUUGUGUUUUACAUAUGUGGAAGUUCAUAAUGAUGUGACCAAAUUUGAUUCUCCAAAGUUUGGAGAUAAUAAAUACUCUCAUAUGGCUCCGGAA